GUGACCCAGCCCUUCACCUCCUGACCCGGAUGUGAUCGAGCGCAGGGCCCAGGCGGUGAAAGAGUGAAGAGAAAGAGAGAGAGAGAGAAGCGGGUACAGAUACAGGGUUACAGCAGCAUGUUGAUCAAAGUGAAGACACUCACUGGGAAGGAGAUUGAAAUCGAUAUUGAGCCCACUGAUAAGGUGGAGCGAAUAAAAGAGCGGGUGGAGGAGAAGGAGGGUAUUCCCCCUCAGCAGCAGCGUCUCAUCUACAGCGGCAAGCAGAUGAACGAUGAGAAAACAGCGGCGGACUACAAGAUUCAGGGAGGAUCCGUGCUACAUCUGGUGCUGGCCCUGAGGGGCGGGAGCCGGUGAUGGAAGAUGCGAGUCGUGUCAAGCGGAGAGAGGGACGCGGGCAGCGUAUUUCCCCUCCCGAGUGCGUGUGCGUGAGCAAACUUUCCAGAACCCCUCCCAGCUCGUCUGCCUCUCCAAACCUAUCCCUCCAGUGGGUGCCAUCCCCACCACCCCCUCCCUAGCCCACCUUUCCGCUGCUGAUAAUCCUUCCCGUUUGGAGUUGGCAGUUUGCUAUUGGUAUUUUUUUGUUCUUAAAUUAAGGAUGUAUAAACGCUUAGUUCCUUCCGAAGGUGGCUCCCCUCACCCACUUCCACCGACCCUCCUGCACUCCCCGGAGAGAGACUGGGAGCGCCUCGAGUCUUUUGAGUUCAGUCCGAUCGAGCUGUCGAGUUAAGUUGUCUGGCCUGACUGCGGGCCAGACGAAGACAAAAAUAAAACUAUUAAACUGA